AUGCAGCCGUCCGACGUUUCGGCAACUGUGGCCGAGAAGAAAGAGAAGGAGAAGAAGCGGCCAAGUGUAUCAGUGUUCAAGCUUUUUUCCUUUGCUGAUUUCUACGAUUGCGUUCUGAUGACUCUUGGAUCCAUUGGUGCGUGCAUUCACGGUGCCUCCGUUCCAGUUUUCUUCAUUUUCUUCGGCAAACUUAUCAACAUCAUCGGUCUUGCUUACCUCUUCCCCCAAGAAGCUUCUCACAAAGUAGCCAAGUACUCGCUGGAUUUUGUAUAUCUGAGUGUGGCAAUACUCUUCUCAUCAUGGUUAGAGGUUGCAUGUUGGAUGCAUACGGGAGAAAGACAAGCUGCAAAAAUAAGAAAAGCAUAUCUUCGGUCUAUGUUAAGUCAAGACAUAAGCUUAUUCGACACCGAAUCUUCCACCGGAGAAGUCAUCUCCGCCAUCACUUCCGACAUACUUGUCGUCCAAGACGCUCUAUCCGAAAAGGUAGGAAACUUUCUGCACUGCAUGAGCCGGUUUAUAGCUGGUUUUGCAAUCGGAUUCGCGAGCGUAUGGCAAAUAAGUCUCGUCACUCUCUCCAUAGUCCCACUCAUUGCGGUCGCCGGUGGCAUCUACGCUUAUGUGAGCACCGGACUCCUCGCCAGUGUCCGAAAAUCAUACGUCAAAGCCGGCGAGAUUGCGGAAGAGGUGAUCGGGAAUGUGAGGACCGUACAAGCAUUCACGGGAGAAGAAAAGGCGGUGAGAUCAUACGGAGAAGCACUGGAGAAUACGUACACGUACGGGAGAAAAGCCGGUUUAGCUAAAGGACUAGGACUCGGUUCGAUGCACUGUGUUCUGUUUUUGUCUUGGGCUUUGCUUGUUUGGUUCACAAGCAUCAUUGUUCACAAGGGGAUUGCUAAUGGCGGCGAGUCUUUCACCACCAUGCUCAACGUUGUCAUCGCUGGCUUGUCUCUUGGCCAGGCAGCACCAGACAUCUCCACAUUUGUACGAGCGAGAGCUGCUGCGUAUCCUAUCUUUCAGAUGAUUGAAAGGAACAAGGAGGUGAAAACAGGUCGUAAACUCGGGAAAGUAGACGGAGAGAUUCAAUUCAGGGACGUGACUUUCACAUACCCGUCACGUCCCGACGUGCUGAUCUUUGACAAGCUAAACCUAGUGAUCCCUGCUGGGAAAGUCGUGGCGCUUGUUGGAGGAAGCGGGUCAGGUAAAAGCACGGUGAUAUCUCUGAUCGAGAGGUUCUACGAGCCUACCGAUGGGGCGGUGUUUCUUGACGGGAACGAUGUUAGAUACCUUGAUCUUAAGUGGCUUAGAGGACACAUUGGUCUGGUUAAUCAAGAGCCUGCUUUUUUUGCAACUACCAUUCGUGAGAACAUUAUGUAUGGUAAAGAUGACGCGACUGAUGAGGAAAUCACCCGUGCAGUGACGCUCUCGGAAGCAGUUUCAUUCAUCAAUAAGCUACCAGAUGGUUUUGAAACACAGCUAUCAGGUGGGCAGAAGCAGACGAUCACGAUCUCGAGAGCCAUCUUGAAGAACCCAUCAAUACUCUUACUGGACGAAGCAACAAGCGCGCUAGACGCAGAGUCAGAGAAAACCGUGCAAAAAGCUUUGGACAAAGUGAUGGUCGGGAGAACAACGGUUGUGGUGGCUCAUAGACUCUCCACCGUGAGAAACGCUGACAUCAUAGCCGUUGUUCACGGAGGAAACAUCAUUGAAUCCGGAAGCCACGAUGAACUCAUCUCUAACCCGGACGGAGCUUACUCUUCUCUCUUACGUAUCCAAGAAGCUGCAAACCCUAACGUAAACCACACUCCAAGCUUACCAGUCAGUACAGAACCCUUGCCGGAACGACCAAUAACAAAGACGGACUUGUGUUCCAUGGAUCAAUCAGGAAACCAACCAGACACAACUAGACAAGGCAAAGUAACAUUGGGACGUCUCUACUCUAUGAUACGUCCUGACUGGAAGUAUGGACUCUUUGGGUUGUUUGGUUCUUUAGUGGCCGGUUCUCAAAUGCCGCUUUUCGCACUUGGGAUCUCGCAGGCGUUAGUUUCUUAUUACAUGGACUGGGAGACGACUCAAAAAGAGGUCAAGAGGAUCUCUAUCCUCUUCUGUUGUGCCUCGGUCAUUACCGUCAUCUCACACGCCAUCGAGCAUACCACCUUUGGUAUCAUGGGUGAGCGUUUGACUCUCCGCGUCCGCCAAAUGAUGUUUUCAGCGAUCCUGAGGAAUGAAAUUGGAUGGUUUGAUAAAGUGGAUAACACUAGCUCAAUGUUAGCGUCGCAGCUUGAAAGCGACAGCACUUUGCUUAGAACGAUCGUGGUCGAUAGGUCGACGAUUCUGUUGGAGAAUUUUGGACUAGUUGUGACAUCUUUCAUCAUUUCUUUUAUACUCAACUGGCGUCUCACUCUUGUUGUCUUGGCAAGAUAUCCAUUGAUCAUCAGCGGACAUAUUAGUGAGAAAAUUUUCAUGCAAGGCUAUGGAGUAAACUUGAAUAAAGCGUAUUUAAAGGCUAACAUGUUGGCCGGAGAGGCUAUUAGCAACAUUCGAACCGUAGCUGCCUUUUGUGCCGAGGUUAAGGUUCUAGAACUUUAUUCCAACGAGCUUCGAGAACCUUCCGAACGUUCUUUUAGGCGUGGACAGAUGGCUGGCAUUUUGUACGGCGUCUCUCAGUUCUUCAUCUUCUCCUCCUACGGCCUCGCCCUCUGGUACGGAUCGGUUUUGAUGGGGCAAGGAUUAUCAAGUUUCGAGUCUGUGAUGAAAACAUUCAUGGUUUUGAUAGUUACUGCGUUAGUGAUGGGUGAAGUGUUGGCUCUAGCCCCUGAUAUACUUAAGGGAAACAAGAUGGUUGCUUCGGUUUUCGAGCUAUUGGACCGAAGAAGUCAGGUCGUUGGAGAUAAAGGCGAGGAGCUGAGUAAUGUGGAAGGUACUAUUGAGCUCAAAGGUGUCCAUUUCAGCUACCCUUCACGGCCUGAUGUGACUAUCUUCGGCGAUUUCGACCUGACAGUUCCUUAUGGGAAAAGCAUGGCGCUCGUGGGACAAAGUGGGUCUGGGAAGAGUUCGGUCCUUUCGCUCAUUCUUCGGUUCUAUGAUCCUACAGCCGGAAUAAUCAUGAUUGACGGACAAGACAUCAGGAAACUGAAACUGAAAUCGCUCCGAAGACACGUCGGUCUGGUUCAACAAGAACAGGCUCUUUUUGCGACAACUAUCUACGAGAACAUCUUGUAUGGAAAAGAAGGAGCACUGGAGUCUGAAGUCAUGGAAGCAGCUAAGCUUGCAAACGCUCACGACUUCAUCUGCUCUCUCCCGGGAGGCUACUCAACUCAAGUUGGGGAACGUGGCAUUCAAAUGUCAGGCGGCCAGAGACAAAGGAUAGCCAUCGCUAGAGCCGUCCUCAAGAAUCCAGCUAUUCUGUUACUUGACGAAGCCACAAGCGCCUUGGACGUUGAAUCAGAGCGUGUGGUACAACAAGCAUUGGAUAGGCUAAUGAGGAACAGGACCACGGUGGUAGUGGCUCACAGGCUAUCGACGAUCAAGAACUCAGAUAUGAUAAGUGUGAUACAAGAAGGUAAGAUCAUAGAGCAAGGCAGCCACAAUAGCCUCAUUGAGAAUGAGAAUGGUCCUUACUCUAGACUUAUCAAUCUCCAGCAGCAGCAACUAUCCUGA